AUGUCGUAUCCCGGUUCACCAGAAUUCGACGCGAAAAAUCUGGAAAUGUCAGACAUUCACUUCCAGGGUUUCGGCAUGCUUAACAACGGCCUUCCUAACGACCUUACCCACGAGAAUGCGCCGGACGCAUUAGAAUGGUUCGAUGAGAGUCUGAUGGAUGAAGUAGUGGCAUCAAUGGCAGUCCCUGAGGCAGAAGUAUCGCCGUUCGAGGCGGACCUAAGCUUCAUUGAUGAUCUCGCCGUGCCUUCUAUCGAAAAGAAAUGGAUGUUUGAUCUCAUAUUCAACGACAUCAUUCCCUACAGAUUCAACGAUCACUUUCGACUGUUCCCAAACAUCGAGUUCUACCGAGUCCUUUUUUAUAACCGCUCAGAUCUCAUGGAGAUCUGGGGUUUUGUCGUCCGAUUCCACGACUGGAUGUCAGCAGUUGCAGCAUCGUCUCCUCAUCAGGCGGACGAAGCCAUCGAGGCAUUGAAGUUCCGUGCGACUUUCUACGGCUGGCCGGGAAUGCUGCAGAAAGUCUCAGUCCCUGAGGCGCAACCAGCCGAGAACCUUUCUGCCCAGCAGCAGCAAGAGCUUGCUAUCGCAUCGGCACCACCGACCGCAACGCCAAGCAAAGAGGCCACAGAGAAAAGCCCGAGAACUCAGCCACUGGACCAGGCCGAACAUCAGCAUGCCUUGUUGAAGAGCGAAUUAACCAUCGCUUCAACCUUCCAGCACAAAGGAAUUGUACAGAGCAUGGAGCACUUCAAGGAGCUCGACGAUGCCUAUGGGCGGUACAUCAAGAGGGCAGCGGGAAAUGCCCCACAAGACGAUCCCUCUUGGCCAGUCUCAUCGGAACAGCAACAAGCGUAUGUCAAAGUGUUAUUUAAUAGUAUAACCGAUACCAGCAACUUCUUUGAGCUAAGAAAGGCUCGUGAGCGUCUGGCAAAUAUUGCGGGAAGUCAGGAACGCCAAGAGCCCGAUGUAGCAGAGAACCCCAGAAAGCGCCACAGAGGUCCCUGUGGUCGGCAUAACAGUGAACAUUCGUCAGCAAGGCCUAAGGGUAUGAGUAAGACAGACUGGGCCCUUGUGAAUUCGCAAAGUACACCUGUGGAUCUCCUCGAGGCAGUUAUUCACCACCGCAUAACUGCCAUUGAGGUUGAGUUGAUUUGUUGGAGGCUUCUGAAAUGCGCCAUGAAGCAACAGCUGGGCUAUACCAUGCGUCCUCUCUGGUCCGGACCCAGAACUGCAUCUACGUGGGAACAGUUCAACACUUUCUCGCAAAGGUGGUCGUCAAUUUGCGAGAAUCUCCAGGACUGCAAGAUGAUUAUUCACUCGCUUACCCGUGCAGACUGGUUCUGUAAAUUUGCAGGCGCACCAUCCAAGGAACGAGGUGCGAAGCUGAGUAAUGAUCUCUUGAAUGGCCGCCGAGAUAUUCAAAAUCAAGUUGGUCGGGAUACAAUCAAAGAGAAGACUUCUCGACAGGACUGGAUUACCUCGGACGACUUUGAGAUUCGGGACAAAGCUGGAGAGCUUGUACUCAAGGGGGGCCACUUGGGUGACAGAAAGCGUCGAGCAUUGGCUAUCAGGAGUCAGGGAGGCAUCAGCGGCUGA